UUCUCUUGCAGCAGUCAGGGAGACUGUCAUCCUCUUCUGCAGAAUGUACAGAACCAAAGUGGGCUUGAAGGACCGCCAGCAGCUGUACAAGCUGAUCAUCAGCCAGCUGCUCUAUGACGGCUACAUUAGCAUCGCCAAUGGCCUCAUCAAUGAGAUCAAGCCCCAGUCAGUGUGCGCACCCUCAGAGCAGCUCCUGCAUCUCAUCAAACUAGGGAUGGAAAAUGAUGACACCGCAGUUCAGUAUGCAAUUGGUCGCUCUGAUACAGUUGCCCCAGGCACAGGGAUUGACCUGGAGUUUGAUGCAGAUGUCCAAACAAUGUCACCCGAGGCUUCCGAGUAUGAAACCUGUUAUGUCACUUCUCACAAAGGCCCAUGCCGUGUGGCCACCUACAGCAGAGACGGGCAAUUAAUAGCCACAGGAUCUGCUGAUGCUUCCAUAAAGAUACUGGACACAGAAAGAAUGUUGGCCAAAAGUGCCAUGCCAAUUGAGGUCAUGAUGAAUGAGACAGCGCAACAGAACAUGGAGAACCACCCAGUGAUCCGAACUCUUUACGACCACGUGGAUGAAGUCACAUGUCUUGCUUUUCACCCAACAGAGCAGAUCCUGGCCUCAGGCUCAAGGGAUUAUACUCUUAAAUUGUUUGAUUAUUCCAAACCGUCUGCAAAAAGAGCCUUCAAAUACAUUCAGGAAGCUGAAAUGUUACGCUCCAUCUCUUUCCAUCCUUCUGGAGACUUUAUCCUCGUUGGAACUCAGCAUCCUACGCUCCGCCUCUAUGACAUCAACACUUUCCAGUGUUUUGUCUCUUGCAACCCUCAAGACCAGCAUACCGAUGCUAUCUGUUCUGUUAACUACAAUCCCAGUGCCAACAUGUACGUCACCGGCAGCAAGGACGGCUGCAUCAAGCUGUGGGAUGGCGUCUCCAACCGCUGCAUCACAACCUUUGAGAAAGCUCACGAUGGGGCAGAAGUCUGUUCUGCCAUUUUCUCUAAAAAUUCCAAGUACAUCCUCUCAAGUGGAAAAGACUCUGUAGCUAAACUCUGGGAGAUAUCCACGGGGCGGACACUGGUGAGGUACACAGGCGCAGGUCUGAGUGGACGGCAGGUGCACCGGACACAGGCUGUGUUCAACCACACUGAGGACUAUAUUUUGCUGCCAGACGAAAGGACCAUCAGCCUCUGCUGCUGGGACUCGAGGACAGCUGAGCGCAGGAACCUGCUGUCCCUGGGUCACAACAACAUUGUGCGCUGCAUCGUGCACUCCCCCACCAACCCCGGCUUCAUGACGUGCAGUGACGACUUCCGAGCUCGGUUCUGGUACCGGAGGUCCACCACUGACUGAGCUGCCCUCCUCCCUAUGUCCUGCCACCAGCUGCGGUAGUGAGCAGCCUGUACCAUCUGUGGCGGGUGUGCGGCUGCAUGGCUCCUGCCUUGGAUUCACGUAUGGAAGCUCUUUUUCUCGAUGUAGAAUCCUGGUGGGAAAAGUUGGGAACAGACCUGUGC